UUACGUUUCCAAUUUGACCACACGGCAUAUUCCUGUGGAAAUUCCCGUUGGCGCUCGAACCUCGAGUAUCGUACAGGUCACAGCUAGUCAACAGCCAGCGUCCUCGAAUGUCAGUAUAAAGGCAGGAAUCUCGCAAAAGCUAGCAUCAUUCUGGAGAGUUACUCUAACUGUCAGACGAUAAAGAUCUAGCUUGUCCGAUUUUAUCACGCUACACGGCCACAUGGUUUCUCUUUCCGCCUGGAUCUUUAGUGUGUUGCCUAAAAAUUGGGCAUGGGGGGUCCAGCCGGAAACAGAAGUAUCGCACUCGACGCACCCGGGUGUAAACCUCGAUGAUAAUCAUGAAUCUAGACGCCUAAACGAUCUUACUGCGAAAGUUGUCAAAGAGUUUACUUAUGCUAUUGCUCAGGGUGGCUUAGGGGACGUAUGGAAAUGCAGAUUCGCGGGAAAGGACAAUGAUGUCGAGGUGGCGGUUAAAUGCGUAAGAAUCGAAAUUCCGGAUGAUCGUUUCAAGCACAUCGUCAACAAGAGGUUAAUGGACGACUUCCACAAGUGGAAACCCCUGCAGCACGAUAACAUUCUUCCCCUGUGCGGGAUUACCUAUGGGUUUGGUCCAGUACCAGCUAUUGUUUCACCGUGGAUGCACAACGGAUCCUUGAGCACAUAUCUCGAUAAACAUUAUGACAGUCUCUCUGAGGCUCAAAAGUUCGGCUUGCUUGCUGAUGUAGCUGCUGGUCUUCAAUAUCUCCACUCUAACGAAGUGGCACAUGCGGAUCUCACAGGUAGCAACGUACUCAUCGACAGCGGUGGAAGAGCUCGGCUAGCGGACUAUGGCCUACUGACUACAUGCUCCGACCUAAAUGGGACCUCUUAUAUCAGGAGUAAUGUGCGAUGGGCUGCGCCAGAGCUUUUUGAAGUUCCCGACACCGAGGAUGUGCCUGGCCCACCAAAACUAGACAGUGAUAUUUAUUCUUUUGGAUGCAUCGCAUACCAGGUUUUAUCGGGUCAGCAGCCGUACUGUGAUAUUCGCAGUGAUCACCAGGUUGUUGUGGCUAUACUUAGGGGUAUCAAGCCUAGGCGUCCAGAGAUCCCUACCAUUGAUGAUUGUCACUGGGAUUUCAUCGAGGAAUGUUGGCUCGAGAUAUCACAGCGACCUCCUAUUGCUGAUAUCCGGGAUUUGAUGUAUCGCUACAGGGAUGCUAUGUGUUAAUUGUUUUUAUAUCAGACGAGUUUGGCAAUCGACUUCUUGGGACUUUCGUGCACAUUAGAUGGGGAUUCGUAAUUCGAACAAGGCUUGCGACUGUCAACCCCUACCUGGUUGUGUCAUUCACAUGUCUAGAACUAUGGCUGUACGGGCGUUCAACUCGUCUCUUGCUAACGAAUAUAGUGACGAUUCAGGUAGGCUUCUUCUGUUCCGUCAAUGUGCAUGUAUCAAGCCAGGACAUAAAUACAGAUGAUAACUCGAGU